AUGCUAGUCUUCGACCUCAAGCGAUUGGCAUUGGCCGCUGGGCUAGUGAGCUAUGCCUUGGCCGAUCUGAAAGCCGCAGAGAAUUCCACUCAUAUCUCUCUUUCAAAUGAUCGAUUUGCCGUCGCCUUAGCCAAGUCUAAUGGGCAUAUCAUUGAUGUUAGACUCGACAGCCAAGACCUUCUCGGACCGGUCAGCGGAAACACCGGCAAGGGACCUUAUCUCGAUUGUUCCUGUACCCCAAGCGGGUUCUGGACACCAGGCAGUACUGCCCAGCUUCGCCUUGUUAAAGGAACUGACUCUACCGGAACAAAGUAUGCAGGGAUCAUUAUGAGCGACACUUUCCAGGCAACCAAUCAGACCUUGUCGCAGUACUUCUUCCUUCGCGGUGAAGAAACGGGUCUACAUGCCUUCACUCGGCUUACAUACUUCAACCCAUCUAAGCCAUUCCUACGCGAUUUGGGAGAGCUUAGGACAUUGUUUCGUCCUAACACCAAGCUUUGGACUCAUUUCUCCACAAGCGACGGCAACUAUGGACCUCUUCCUGACGCUGCUGGAGCUCUGACCGUUCAGGAUGCGACAUGGUACGUCGGCGACAAGACCAACGACCCUUAUGUAAAGCAAUACUCCGACUACUGGACCAAGUACAGUCUUUCUGAGAGCUGGCGCAAUCAUGAUGUUCAUGGAGAGUUCAGUGAUGGCUCUACCAGUGACGAUGGCAGUACGUUCGGUUCUUGGCUCGUUCACAACACGCGCGAAACAUACUAUGGUGGCCCUCUGCAUUCUGAUCUGGUUGUCGAUGGCAUCGUCUAUAACUACAUGGUCUCUGGUCAUCAUGGUGCUCCUAUGCCAAACAUCACCCAUGGUUUUGACAGAACAUGGGGCCCCCAAUUUUACUACUUCAACAAAGGCGACAAAGACACAAGCCUUGCGGAAUUGAGGGCCGAUGCCGCCAAGUACGCCGACCCUACUUGGAAUUCCAAGUUCUAUGAUAGCAUCGCCAGCCAUGUUCCUAAUUUUGUUCCUUCAACGAAGAGAACCACAUUCAGCGGCAAAGUAAAUCUUCCCAAGAAUGCGAAAAAGCCGAUCGUCGUUCUUUCAGAGAAUAAGCAAGAUUUUCAACUCAACGUGUUCAACACCAAAUCGCUCCAAUACUGGGCUGAGAUUGACAGUUCUGGCAAAUACAGCAUUCCGCAGGUUGCCGAAGGGACUUACCGAGUGACUAUCUAUGCUGACGGAAUCUUCGGAUGGUUGAUCAAGGACGACAUCAAGAUCUUCAAGUCGCAUAACAAGGGCACCUUCACAUGGAAGGAAGAAAGUGCUGGUAAAGAGCUCUGGCGUAUCGGCACUCCGGAUAAGUCCUCGGGCGAAUACCUCCACGGCUACGCCCCAGAUACCUCCAAGCCUCUUGAGCCCGAGCAGUACCGCAUCUACUGGGGUAAAUACGACUUCGAGGAGGAUUUCCCUAAAGGAGUAAACUUUCACGUCGGAAAGGAUGACGAAGCGAAAGAUCUUAACUACGUCCACUGGUCCUUCUUCGCCGCCAAGGGAAAUCAUCUUCGCUCUGAGAACUACUAUGAUAACGUCAACAACUGGACUAUCACGUUCGACCUGACCAAGUCACAACUCAAGAAUUCCAAAACGGCCACCUUUACCGUCCAAAUUGCUGGAUCGCGAACAGGAAACGGCAACGCGAAAUGGACACCUGUCAAUGACCGCUUCAACUCCAACCUGCCCUGGACUGUCCGCGUAAAUGGCGGGUACGAAGAUACUUGGGUUAUCCCAUAUUGGAGAAGUGGCUCUUGUGCUGUUCGCAGUGCUGUUGCGUGCCAGAACAUUGAGCAUAAGUUCCAGUUUCCUGCUUCGAACUUAAAGCAGGGCAGGAAUGAGUUUCUGCUGAGUUUGCCUUUCAAUGCUUCUAGUAUUGAGACGGCACUUCUGCCUGACACGUUGUAUGUUCAAUAUGAUGCCCUCAGGUUAGAAGUCAAGUGA